UGAGCGAUAAAAGCGGCCAUUGAUGCUUACUGCUCAGAUUGUGUUAUUGUUUGUGAAAAGUAAUAUUUCGUGUGCAAAAUGCCGAAGAACAUUACUACAGAAGUGCGGGAAAUAAUAUUGAAAGUAAAAGAGUUUAUGGAUGAGGAAAAAAGAAUGCAAGUGCCAAUCAUUCCGUUAAGCAAAGUAUAUGUGCGAGUAUCGGCUGCUACGGGUGUGUCGGAGCGCACAGUACUGAACAUAGUUAAAGAAGCGCGGCUUGUUGAACAGGGUCUGCUCGACCCAGAGACUUUGAAAAAGGCACCAAAGAAAAGGGUUCGGACCAAAGGUAAAAUAGAAGUUGGUGAAUAUGAUCUACAAGUGAUUCGUAGGAAAAUUCACGAAUUCUAUGCUUACAAGAAAGAAGUGCCGACUAUCAAUAAGUUGUUGCAAAUAUUGAAAGAAGAGAUAAAUUUUAAGGGUUCAAGGGAGACAUUGCGCAAAAUUCUUCGCAAGAAUGGUUUUCAGUUCAGAAAAACUAAGAACAACAAGGAAAAAGAGCCAGUGCCUGAGUCAACAUCGACAAUGCCUCCUAUGGUUGCACCUUACAUCCAUUCUGUAUUUGGCCAUAAAAAUAUACAAUCAUAAAAAGAAGGUUGUCUUCUGUGGAACAGUAAUGCAAACAGAUAAGUAAAAAUGUGCAUUUUGAAGAUUGUCGGGCCGUUUGAAAUGUGUGUGAAAUAAUGUGAUUUUUUGUUUGGUAGAAUUCAAUUUACCAAUUAAUUGUUGUCUAUUCAGUUGAAAUGUUUGUUACAACUGAAUACAUUCAAAAUGAACAAUGUUAAUAUUAUGACUGUAAAAGCAUUGUGAAUUCUAAGAAGAGCCUUAUCUUUGUUUUAAAUGCUGGUACAAAUAUCAUAUUCCUGUGAUAUUGAGUAUAUUAUUGCCAAUUUUGUAUGACACAAAUUGAUGGACUUGUUUUGUUUCAUCAAACAAUUCAUCUUUAGUGUGAAUGUGGUGGAGUUUGUUUUCCUGUUGAUUCAAGACAGAAUGGCUGAGGUACAGUCAUGUCAAUAGUAUGAUAGUAUGUCAAUACAUACUAAUUUAUCAACUGCACACUGAGAUAUUACGUCCAGUCUGAUCCAUAACCAUAACUAUUGAUCUUGAUCCAUACACCCUAUAGUAAAAUAAGUGUCCUUACUAAACUGUAUACUGCUAGUGUGAAAGACACAUACAUAGUACCAAAUACUGAGGGGAAUGAUUCAACUUACGACUUUGAGUUAAUAUAAAGUGGAAUUUUCUGUCACAAAAUUAAUGUUUUUUUUUGUGUUUUUUCAUCUAUUUUCAGUAACAUUUUCAUGAGUUUUGCAAUGGAUAAUUCCACUUGAUAUGAACUCAGAAUCAUGAGCUGAAAUAUCCCCCUAUCAUUUGUUAUGAUGUCACUUACAUCCCAUACAGGUCAGACAGAUGUUUGGGUGUUAGUGACACCAUGCCAAAAGCUAAGAGGGAUAUUUCAGACCGUGACUCGGAGUUAAUUAACAUCAAAAGGAAAAUUUUUCAUCGGAAAACUCAUGAAAAUGUUACGUCUUGAUGAGUAUGGAAAUACUUCUCAUUCUUUGAAACUGCUCCGCAUCAGGGAGACAUCCUACAGCCUGGCAAGACUAAUGCUCUUGGAACAUUUGUUUUCCACUAAACCUACUUAAAUCUUGGUCAUAUCAAUCACCGGUAAAAAAAACCUCUUUUUUAUUAAAUUAUUUUCAGUUCCAUUACUUUCGAUGGAAAAUUCUGCUUGAUGUUAACUGAAUAUCAUGAGCUGAAACAUACCCUGUAUUUCUGGGGUCUUAUGCACUAGGCGAUGUACUAUUUCUGUGCUGCUCUCAAAAAGAUCUGUUUUCUUCCAUUAGUGUCUGCUGCUAUGCGAAUUAAUAUUAUAAUUGCAUAUAAUAAUAUUUUGAUGUAUCUGUAAUUUAUUUUCCCAAUUUUUUACAUUAAGCUUUGUUUCAAAUCUUAUUUGACAACAAUAAUGCUGUAAGAAUGUGACUGAAGCGUGCAGGUACAAUAAAACAAAGUAUGCUCAAUCCUAUGAAAAGCCGCCAUUGCUAGCCUUUUGAUGACGUAAGUUAGUUACAUGAAUCUUCAACAUUCCAAAGACUUAAAUUUUAUUAUUGAAAAUUACUUAAUUACCGUCACUUGUCACAUAUACAAAAUAUUAAAUCUGUAACUAAAUUUUUUACUGAAAUUUCUAAAUUGCCUUGCAAAAUAAAUUAAAAACAUAAGUCGCGUGGGUAAUUUAUUUUUUUAAAAUGGCAAUAGAAAGUGAGAUGACGUCUGCGCGGCUAAUCUUGAAAUGUUAGUUGUCACUGAGCUUACCUUGUUUUAUUGUAGGUACCAUGGAAAUGUGCAUGAUUUCAUACUUAGGUAAAAUUGUUAAUAGUUACUGCUUUAAAGAUAUAGUUCUAAGAAAAACAUUUAUGAUUGCCUUUUUAGUAGAAAAAAGAGGUCAUCAUUAAACACUGUGAGUUUGUAUUGUCUAAGAAGAAUCUUCAUUUGAGUAAUACCUAAUUGUGUAUCCUACCUAGUAAUACUUUGUUUUAUAUUUGAAUAUUGUAACUUCUUUUUGAAGUUUUUAUAAAUUUAUACAACAAAAUUGAAAUUCGCCUUAUUAUGUGUAUGUCUCGUAAAAACAUCUAUUUGUAUUUUAGAGAUCUCUUAGUUUUUACGUUUGUAGUGCUAUUUAGAUUUAUAAGGUUAUAAAAAAAUUAAGUAUAAGUAAAAGUACAUUAUAAUUAUCACAACGGAAUGAAGUCAGGAUGAUUAUAAAAUCAAAAAUUUAAUCUGAAUAACAUCAAAGUAUUUUUUAGCUUAGUCUGAGUAAUUAUUUUUAUUUUAUAAUUACUCUCGAAUUCAUUUUAUAUAAAAACUGCAACUUAACUAUUAUGAGUAAAAUAAAUGCAUGAUAUAAUUUUGUGUAAGGACUUGGAAAAUAUAUUCUGACUCGAUCGACUGGGAUAAUUUUUA